GCGAGGCGCCGCCCGUGGCUGCCGCGCGCUGAGAUGGCGGCGGCGUCGGUGCUGCGCGCGCCCGGCGGCGGCUUCAGCUUCGACAACUGCGCGCGGAACUCGCUCCUGGAGGCCGAGCUGGGCGCCAAGGGGCAGCGGCUCCCCGCCGCCCGCAAGACCGGCACCACCAUCGCCGGCAUCGUCUACAAGGAUGGCAUCGUCCUCGGAGCUGACACGAGAGCAACCGAGGGAAUGGUUGUUGCUGACAAGAACUGUUCAAAAAUACACUUCAUUUCCCCUAAUAUCUACUGCUGUGGUGCAGGAACAGCGGCAGACACUGACAUGACAACUCAGCUCAUUUCCUCCAACCUGGAGCUCCACUCGCUGUCUACCGGGCGCCUUCCUCGAGUUGUCACGGCCAAUCGAAUGCUAAAGCAAAUGCUUUUCAGGUAUCAAGGCUACAUUGGUGCUGCCCUGGUUUUAGGGGGAGUAGAUGUGACGGGACCUCACCUGUACAGCAUUUAUCCCCAUGGAUCAACUGACAAGCUGCCUUACGUUACCAUGGGCUCUGGAUCCUUAGCGGCCAUGGCAGUGUUUGAAGAUAAGUACAAACCGGACAUGGAGGAAGAGGAAGCCAAGCAGCUGGUGCACGAUGCCAUCGCUGCCGGCAUCUUCAACGACCUGGGCUCCGGCAGCAACAUCGACAUCUGCGUUAUCAGCAAGAACAAGCUGGAUUUCCUCCGGCCCUACGAUGUGGCCAGCAGGAAGGGGGACAGGUAUGGCAGAUACAAGUGUGAGAAAGGAACGACUGCUGUGCUCACAGAGAACGUAGCUCACCUGGAAAUCGAGGUGGUGGAUGAAACCGUCCAGACCAUGGACACGUCCUGAGCUGUGGCUGGAGACCAGCACAAGUCCUCUGUGGGUACCUCCCAGCAGCAGGAGAAACAGCAGCUGAUACCCAAUAAAGAGAGACCAUUCUCCUAA